CCAGUUUCGCAUUGAGGUGGGUUUGGCUCUGUCGCUGUUCGGCGUUUGAUUGAACGAUUUCGAGCCACUCGCCGCACGUCAGCGCGAAAACCGGCGCCGUGCAACAAGUUGUUGCGCUCGUUUCCUUAGUUUGUGUUGUGUCCAGCCGCCCACUUUCCUCAGAAGCGCAAGGCGUCGCCGCUUCAUUUGAUGAUAACUGACCAUGACAUGACCGGAGGGCGAUAAAAGGCGUUUUAUCGACGACCCGCCGCUCGUUGGCCGGCGAUUGCUCUGUCGCUGAAGAGGCAGCGAACGUUUGUGUGCAGUUUGCACACGCCAGUCGCACCGCAGCUGCUUCAGCGUUGGCCUUGUAGCGACUCGAGAGAGCCACAGUGCUAAGGGCGUUAGGAAACGCGACCUCUUCGGAAAAAGGUGCCGUGCACUCGACGGUCGUCACUACAAGAUGCCGGCGUCAAAGGUCCAGAAGCACCCGCUCCACUUCCCGAGCCUGGACGACGUCGCCAAAGUUUUGAACGAUGGACUUAAGGGCACAUUCGAGCAUGUUGAAGUGUCUGUGGUCGACUGCCCGGACCUGAAAGAAAAGCCCUUCAUGCUUGCAUCUGAAGGUAUAUGCGGCAAGCCCUGCCUAGCUGACGUCGGUGGGGUCCCUUACUUAGUUCCUAUUGUGCAAAAAGACAAGAUCUACAGUUUAGAACAAGUCGUGAAGCAGACAAACAUUUCCGACGCGCUCGUCAUUGGCGCUGGCGCCGGUCCAUUCAAUGUGGUCGGUGUCAACAGUGAGAUGAUGCAUAACAUGAAGUAUGGUGAUAAGCCUUUCAACAACAGUCACUUUGCAAAGAUUAAUGAGGAUGGUUCCUAUGAACUGGGCCGAUUCACAACUCCCUGCUGUGAAUUUGGCCUAAUGGCUAAUCUGCUAAUAUCUGAAGGCAAGCCAGGAAAGGUAAUCCGUGUCAGUGCCAAAAAGCGCAAGGGUGGAGACAACUUUGUGACUGCCAUGAGGAAAGCACUUGCUGCUCACUACGGCACCAAGCCAGUGGGACUCGGAGGUGCUUUCCUGCUUGCAAAAGGAAAAGCAAAGCUCCACAUCAUGCCAAAGUUUUCCACAGCACCACUGCUAACGAAUGAGGCCAUGAACUGCUGGCUCAAAUUCUUUGAGAUGGAGGCCCCCCUGGUGUGUCUCAGUGUGUUUGUCUCCCAUGACCCGGGCUGGGAUCUUCGCAUAGAGCACACUCACUGCUUUAGCGACCACAAGCAAGGUGGACACUACCAUUACGACACAACACCUGAAGAUGUUGAAUACUUGGGCUACUUUAACGUUGCAGAGUGUAUGUUUCGAAUUGAUGCGCCUGCGUCGACACACCAGAUAGGCAGGGACUAACCUGUUUCUCGUUGGGGCUUUCUUUUCAUAAGAGCUUUAUUGAAAUGUGUUAUGUGAGGAAAUUUGAAAAGGAAAUCCAUAGCUGCUUUCUCUAAUCUAUUAUGUCUUUGUCACAUGGACAAUUUCGAUCCUUAUUGCAAUAAAUUGGCACUGCUCUCCUUGACUUUAACUGAAGGGUAAUGUGCACACUGGUGUAACAGACGAGAAGUCAAGCACACUUGAAAAUGAUGCAUAGCAAAGUUCCAGCAGUGUAGAGUUCAGAUUCAGAUUUUAUUGGUGUGAUCAAGUGAUAUAUAUUUGGAUGGGUGCCAUAUGCAGGAGGAGGACCCAUAUUGAGAGACUGUACGGGGACCUCCCGUACAGUUUGAAGUUUGAUCCAUAUAUUGACUCGAGCUUGAUCAAGACUGUCCAUGUGACAAGAACCUAUAGUCAUUGCACUAAUUUGCUUUGAAAUAAUGUUCCAGAGUGUUUAUUGAGACAUGACACACAAUCAGAAAAUUUACUGUAGCCACUGACAAGUCAAGAAUGCAGGUGAGGCCUAUACCACAAGGUGUGUCUCUGUGCCUCUCCAUGCUUCCGGAAAAUGCAGUUCUCUUGCAGGGGAUCGUGCAGGCGUGAAGAAUAGGUUGCUUGGCACCAGUUGACAUUUCACAAUUGUGCGCCAAGUCGACAAAUAUCUAGUAUUGGCAGGUGUAGGGACAAAGAACACAGCACACUGCAUAAACCGUAUGCAGAUAAAAUGGGGGACAUUGAAGAGUGUUUAAGAGAUUCUGAGAGGGAUUAUCCUGUCCUCCCAUACAAAAAAAGGAAAAAAAAAACCUUCUUGCAAAUCUCCUCAGGAGUGUGAACAUCUGCACGCUUUGGCUAACAGAAAUGCGUCAAGGAAGGUGCAGUGGCUCAAGUUUAAUCUGUUUACAGACGCGAGUACAUGCACUUAAAGUAAACAAACCUCGUCCUCUCACACCAGGGUUGAUACUGAAGGACAGUCGAAUGGUGAUGAAAUCUGAAAAUGCUUGAGUAUCAAGCUGUAGAUGCAACAUUAAAGGAGCCCUGGAACACCUUUUCUUUAAAAAAUGUUGCAGUUUCAUCCGAAAGGCGAAGCAUCAAUUGCGAUAGCAACUUAGCAGAGAGCUAUAUGGAGUAAGGAUAGUAGUUUUAUCAGCUGUAUAAACUUGGACAUGCAGCAGCACCAGCAACACGCAGAACUGUUGUCGACGCCAUCGCCGUUUUGCCCGCGUUCGCACCAAAAGCGCGCGGCAUUGGUGACUGUUGCCAGGGCCUCUGGGGGCGGCUCAGAGGUUUUCGACGAGAUCAGAAUGGGACACUCGUCGAGCAGCGUCGGAAGUCUUUACCACCUUCUCGCCUCACAAUGUUUUUAUAUAAAUAUGCAUUUGGUGCCGCAGCUAAACGUCGCCUCCCCUCCCUCCCGUCCCCCCACGGCCUUUCACGUGACGGAAGAAGUCACGUUUGCUCUAUAUACAUGGUGAUUGUAUAGGAAGGAAGAGACGCUUAAUUCUGCAGCCCUUCAGGGAGCACGGCACAGAAUGCGUGUUUGUUCUCCGCUGUGCGUUCGCUCCCUGUGAAAGUGCGCGUCCCUCACGCCCUUUCACUCGCACAUACAGCGUCCGGCGCGCGGCGACGAUUUCAUCGCCGUUGACUGUCAUACGGAACCUCACGGCGACGGUGACGCCGACGGCAGAAAUCCUCUUUGAGUGUCCAUAUAAUUGCUAUCGCAAUAAAACUGAGCAACAGGCUGGAGUGUGAACAGUGCCUUUCAAAGAGCAUAUUACCGAAUUUCUCUUUUUGAGAUAACAAUUAUAUGGACACUCCAGGUGCAUUUCUGCCGUCGGCGUCAGCAUCGCUGUGUUGUUCCAUAUAAAGUCCAAGGCGGAAAACAUUGUUGCCGCGCACCAUGUGCUCUAUGUAAGAGUGAAAGCCUGCGAGGGUGAGCCGACGAUGGUGGCUCAAUCUCACGCGUGCAAGCAAGGAAAGCGCGGAGGAAGCGUGCCAUCUGGAGUCUCCCACUACGGCAUGCCUCUUAAUCAGAUCGUGGUUUCUGGUACCUAAAACCCCAGAAUUUAAUUAAUUUAAUUUAAAAAUUUUUCUCACCGUGUUCAAAAAGUGUUUCAUAGGCCCUUAAGAUGCCUAGAGGUGAAAAUCACUAGCCUUCUGCCGCGGCACCUCUUGCAUCUCUAUGAUGCUUUUGGAUGUACAGCCCUUCAAUAACAAUAAUAGUCCCCCACCAGAGUGAAGAGGUUUAUGUUAUGUGAUUGCCUUGGUGAGGCAAACAUAGGGCCAUCGAUGGCAAUGAAGAAGCACUGUAGUACAGAGUUCGGCGAGGUAUUGUGCUGGUGCAUUUGUGGAUGUUCUUUGUAAAGGGCACUUGCCACUGCAUUCUUGACUUGUCAGUUGCUGUCGCCAAGUGCUGUUUGUUGACAGGUGCAAUUUCAAAGUUCAAAUGACAUUAUGCAAGUACAGCUCACUGUUGAAUGAUGCAGCACUUCUAGGUGAGUGCUGGAUCCUGUGAGGUGCCUUUCCUGUUGUAUCACUUUUGCCAUCUCAAGGGCUCUUUAUAAUGUUGGGCCUCAAUUUACCUUGUGUUGCUUACAGCAGGGACAUCUUGAAAACUGAAUGGUACCUACUUUUCGCCAGAGACUUGAAACCUUAUCUUAACAGCAGAGCUGUUUAAGCCGGCCGUAAUGUGUGCCGCCUGCCACUGCAUUGCCUAGCAACCACCUCGCAGAGUGUUGCAUGCUAUGCUCGGGAGAGAGAAAGCGAAAAUGAGAGCGAGAGAGUGAGAAAUUGUAGCAGCACCAACGAGGCAACGCGCAGAGGUGCUGCCGACGCUAUCCGCGCUUCUCCGUUUUCCCGCAUUAGCGCCGAACGCUCGCGGUGUCCGUGACUGCAGCAGGCGCUUCUGGCGGUGGCUCGGCCGAGCUCCCACCAGCUGCGCGCUACUGCGCAUGUGCUGCGACGUCAUCCCAGCGUGUCGUCUGCUGCGCGCCGCCCGUACACUGUGCAUAGCUUUCGCCCCACUUCCCCUACGUUUGCUCGGACUGCAAGUGCUUCGCGAGGCGUUCCCGAUGCCACGGACCAUGAGGAAAUGCUUAUACACUUCGUAUAACUUAGCAUCACUUGGCAUUACUUCGUAUGACUUAGCAUCACUUCGUAUAGCAAGGACCAGCUAGGAACCGAUCAGCUCUGCUGUGUCUUUAGCCCUGUGCCACUAGUGCAAGCCAGCCCAUUUUUUUUUCUGUGAACCAACUUACUUAUAAAUGAGCUUAUAGAAUUGUAUAGUGCAACAGUAAUCUACAGAAAUGUGGACAUUUAAGAUAUGAUCAACCACUGCGCCAUUUAAAUGACUAAUAGUGUGAAUUGCUGUGGAUAUUUAAUGUCACAGUGGUGACAAAAACACUUGAACAGAAAUACAUCAGAGUAUGUCAUGUCAUAUCUGUCCUCUUUCCCAGGUUGCUAAAAUAAUAAAGCUCUUCUUAUAUUUCGUGACACUCUAUGCUAAAUUAUGUGGUAAUGACAGUAUUGCUGAUCUGACAAAGGUACCAUUACGUCGCUUUUAUUGGGGGGUGAAAGAGCAGGAAAAGUUCAAAUUCGGCAGUAAGCUUUACUUGUUAAAUUAUUUCGUUGUGAUUGAUAUACAAAUAUGCAAAGUGCUGUUAACUGUAUAGAAGUUAUUGGUGCCUCACCAAUUUAGUACUAGCAGAUUUCAUUCAAUGCUUUCACAACAGAUGCGAGCAAACCCAACUACGAAACCAGUCCAAUCCUGCUAGGAGCUUCAUGUCUCUGACGUUUUUAUAUUUUAUGAAUGGAAGGUCCACGAACCCCUUACAGAAGGUGGAAAUAGGGUCCAAAAUUUAAUGUAGGUUUGCACUAAGUUUUGAACACAUAGUGUUGUAGCUAGUAUUAGGAAGUUCACUCGUGCCUAUGUUGCAAAGCAUAGAGUGGCCCUGAAGCAUUCUUCUUUCCACUUUCAUUGCAUCAUCAAAGGUGUCAUUCGUCAAGGCUCAUUCACUAGCUAAUUUCUAAAACUGAAGAUGCACAAUAAGAAAAUACACUGUGGUUACUUAUUAUUGGCCGAUAUACGGUAACAGGCAAUACAUGUGCUGCAUCUAUUUUAUCUAAUACACUUGCAGUGACUGGAACAGGUGAAGAGCAUCUACAGUACCAUAAAUAAUUAUUUAAGGUUCAAUUACAGGGUAGAGAAAGAAAUAACAGCUCUGGCUUGCAAUGAAGUUUAUUAAUAUGAUCAGAAGAGACUUUAUGACAGUGUUUUGACCUUGCUAGUACUACAGUUUUGUAGUUCUCAGAUUCCCCCCCCCCCCCCUCGGCCAUUCAGUGUUCCUUUACAUAGCUUUGACUGUUCCUUGAUAUACCUGGUCUUCACUGCCUAUGUGCAUGUGCAUAGUGAUUCCAGAUGCUCUAUAAUCUGGGUUUCUUUCACUGUGCUUCCCUUGCAGUAAUUAUAGCCAAGUAUGAAUUCUAAGUAAUUUGCCCAACUAUUCAUAAUUUGGCCAUCAAUAACUGCUUCAGGGCACCUUUAAAACAUUCGAGCUUGUGAUGAAAUGCCUUGUAGAAUUCAUCUAGUGCAAUAAACACUCACCAGUCUUGCGGGGUCAUCUACAGCACAAGAGGUAAUUUCCUGCACAAACAUUUUUCUAUGAGUAAUACAUGCAUUUUGUUGUUGGCAGUUGCAUUUGUAUCACAUUACUGAUACAACUUCUUGUUCCUUGCCCUCUAAGAUUUGCUGCUUAGUCGAUGUUACAUUUUUUUGUGUGCAAAUAUAAGGUUUAUAAGAGAAUAGCACUGAAUGAUGCUUUGCUUUUAUUUUUAAAUAAGCUUGAACUAAAUGAGUGAUGUAAAUGUGGCAGCCUAUUGACCAGCUGUAUUUGGUGUUUGCUGAAACAAAUUAUGGCUUGUACUGAUUGUUAGCUCUGCCAUUGUUUCCAUGUGAAAGCUAUGUGCCACCUCAUAAUACUUUUACUUUCUUUACACAGUGCUAUACACCUUUAUUUUAAGACAUAGUGUGACCUCUGCAUGAUACUCAUCCGUUAAGCAGGCCAUGACAGCCCAAAGCAAAGGAAUAAAUUUAUCCAUCAAGA